ACCAAAAAAACAAAUGUGGUUAAUGCAGCCAACAAGAGAGAUAAAUGGUUAGAGAGAAAUAUGGUGGGAGCAGGAGAAGUAUUAAUUAUUCUUACAUAGAGAGAGAGAGAGAGAGAGAGAGCAAGGGUGGUUUAUUUGUAUAUAUGAAUAUACGUAUAACCAAGGGGUGAUGAGGGCGACAUGGUGCAGAGCAGGAGAGGGUAUUGGGUAAUUUUUCCAUUGUUAUGCACAGAUUUUUUUCUAUUGUCUUCCGGCCAAAUUUUUAAACAUUUCCUGUUACUUCGGUUUCGCUAGACUUGCUGUAAAUCCUAAUUUUAAUACCUAAAAUUACCUAUUAACACCUCUUCCCCCUCUUCGGGACUUUGGGCACAUUCUGUAUACUAAUAAUAGGAACCAGUAAUUGUAUUUACCAUACUCCUUCAUCUCAAAGUAGUACCGAAGUUUCAAUUCUUCUAAGCACAUGCACGAAUAAUGUCCACGCACUCAAGCUGUUUGAUGUUUUGCCUCUGAAUACUUUUUCCCUUCUUUGUUAUCACUCGGUACAUUAAGAAAUUAAAGAAGCACUAAGAAUUUCUUCCGUUAAAAAUCGGGUUAUGUAUAGCAACAGAUUCUACUCUUUAAGUAACAUUCUUAAAAAUUUUGUCCUGCAAACUCGCCAUUUUGCACGAACCACUCCCAAUGUAAACAAGGUCACAUUGUAUCUCCAAAGAGCAAAGCUCAUUGAUUCAAUAAGACUUAGCCUACGCUCGAAUUCUCCUGAUAAUUCCCUUGUUACCGUGUUAAGCAGUCCAGCAUUAGACUCCUUUGUGGUCACCAAUGCCCUAAGGGCAGCUCCUUCUCCUGACUCUGCUUUGUUUUUGGUCGAAACUUUGAAGAAAAUCCCACAUUUUUCACAUACUCAAUAUACCCUUUAUGCACUGGCCAAGAUUCUGGCAAACUCUGGCCAAGUUGGUAAACUUGAUGCCCUGAUUAAUGCCAUCAAUUCGGGCAAGUUCAUAAAUGUUGCACGUGUUAGUUUCAUGGAUCGCAUGCGGUGGUAUGCUGCUGUUGGUGAUCUUGACGAGGUUUUCAGUAUUUGGGAUGAGUGGAGAAAAACCUUGGAUAAGCAUCCAUGUACGGAGUCGUAUAAUAUCAUAAUGGGACUUUAUGUUCAGAAGGGUAUGGAUUCCGAGGCUGUGAAGGUUUUCCAUAGGAUGAUUGAGGAAGGGGCACUUCCUAAUUCUAGAACGUACACGGUUAUGAUUGAGCACCUUGUUAAGUCUAGGAAAUUAGGUUCAGCAAUGGAGGUUUUUCAGAUACUGCCACUGAUGAGAAUUAAACGUACAUUAAGGCAGUAUACUUCCUUAGUGGAUAUUUUUACUGCCACUGAUCGGUUAGAUUCGGUCAAGACUUUGCUUCAUGAGAUGCGGAGUGACGGGAUAUUGCCUGGUCAAGCAAUGCAACCGUCUUUGCAACGAAUACGAGAGUUGGGCAAACUUGAGGAAAUGGAGGAAUUAGUUAUGGAAAUUAUUCCAGAUGCGAGGAUAAAAACUGUAACUUAUUACAGUACCACAGACUGUAGCGAGGAUGAUAUUGAUGAUGGGGAGGAAGAUACUGACAGUGUUCAUGGAAAUGACAAGGAUGAAGUUCAAUUGAAACCAUGGUUGGACCCUGCUGCUUUGGCUAGUGCCUUGCAGCAUUGGGGAUCCGAGGAGGUAUCUGCACUGGAAAAUGCAAACUUUGUGUGGACAACUCGGUUGGUUUGCAAAGUUAUCAGGAGUUUCAAAUCAGCUGAAACAGCAUGGCAAUUCUUUUGCUGGGUGACUUAUCAGCCAGGAUUUACUCACAAUAUCUACACUAUAUCGAGGAUGAUUACCAAGUUGGCUCGCCAUGGAUGCGUCCAUUUGGUUGAUCAACUCUUGUUUAAGAUACAGCGAGAGGGUAUGAAAUUGUCGUUCAGCACAAUCAGACUAGUUAUUGAAUUUUACGGCAUUACAGGGAAGGGUGAUGCUGCAUUAAAAAUUUUCCGCAAUGUCAAGACCUUUUGCAGUCCCAUGUCACAAAAAAGUAUGCUGCUUCUAUAUUCGUCUCUGUUGAGGACAUUGGCAAAGUGUAAUAUGAAUAUUGAAGCAUUAGAUAUACUCGAUGAGAUGAUUUUACUCGGGAUUUCUCCAGAUAUACAGAUAUUUACGGGGUUGAUGCAUCAUUAUGCACUUCAAGGAGACAUUAAAACUGUUCAAAGGCUCUUCGGGAUGGUAAAACAGAGUGACUUGGAGCCCGAUGCUUAUAUGUACAAGGUUCUCAUUCGGGCUUAUUGCAAGUGCGAAAGAGCUGCUCUUGCAUUGAGGAUCUUUGAGGAUAUGAUGAACUCAGGAUUAAUGCCUGAUUCCGCCACUAAAGACAUGCUCGUGAAGAGUUUGUGGAAGGAAGGCAAGUUAAGAGAGGCAGCUGCAGUCGAAGAGAAAAGUGAGCAGAAGAAUUGCGAGUUUCCAUUAGCUUUGCCUGGACAUAUGUAUACUGUGAGCAAUGCAGAUCUUAUAAGAGUUCAUGACAUAUACUCGAGGAGUUUUACGACAACCGGUGGUCAGGAUUAUGCAAGCAUUUGAGUAAUAGUACAAUAUUGUAUCAUUAAUCUUUCUGUCAUCUUCUGCCUUUAAGCAUUAUGAAAUAUUAUUUUAAGAGAGCAAUUAUAUAUAUCUCACAAUUUGUUUGAAACA